AUGAUGGGAAGCAGCAGCGCGUUCACGUUGGCCAGCUACCUGGAGGAGCUCACAGCCCAGGAGUUCAAGAAGUUCAAGCUGGCUGUCACGGCGGGGGCCCCCCCGGGCUCUCCCAGGGCCCGGAUCCCCCGGGGCCGGGUGGAGAAGGCGGACCCCGCGGACCUGGCCGGGCUCCUGGUCACCUACCACGGCGCUGGAGGCGCCUGGCGAGUGGCCCUGCGGGUCUGGCAGGAGAUGGGCCUGAGGCGGCUCUGGGAGCUGGCCAGGAAGGAGGCUCCGCCCCCAGAUGCUGCUGAGGCCCCCGGUGGGGACACAUCACGGUCCGGGAACGAGGCGUCUCCAAGGACAGGAGAGCCAGGUCACGCGGAAAAGUACCGGGCCCGGGUGUGGAAGAAAUUCCAGGUCCUGGAGGAGAGGAACGCGCGCCUGGGCGAAUGGGUCGACCUGAGCCAGCAUUACACGCGUCUGCUGCUGGUGAGGGGCCACGCCAGCCCUUGGCGCCGAGAGCAGGAACUGUUGGCUUCCGGGGGGCUGCACGGCCUCCUCAGGGAGGAGCACCGAAGGCCCAUCGAGCUGCAGACUCUCUUCGACGCCGAUGAGGAGGAGGUGGGCAGCCCCCCCACCACCGUGGUGCUGCAGGGGGUGGCCGGCAUCGGCAAGACCACCCUGGCCCGGAAGGUGCUGCUGGACUGGGCCGCGGGCGCUCUCUACCCCGGCCGCUUCGACUACGUUUUCUACAUCAACUGCCGGACCGUGGAGGUGUUAGCCCCGCUGAGCCUGGCCGAGCUGCUGUCGGGGUGGCUGGAGGCCACGGGCCCAGGCUCUGGGCCUGCCCCGGUGCCGGCCCUGCUGGCUCGGCCCGAGCGCCUGCUCUUCGUCCUUGACGGCUUUGACGAGCUCCUGUGGGGCCCGUGGGCGCAGGAGGCCGGACCCCACAUCCCAGGGGAGCAGAAGCAGCGGGUGGACGUCCACCUGAGGAGCCUUCUGGGCAAGAGGCUGCUCCCCGAGGCCUCCCUGCUCAUCACCACGCGGCCCACGGCGCUGGAGAAGCUGCAGCCGCUGCUGGAGCGGCCCCGGCUGGCCGAGGUCCUGGGCUUCCGGGCUUCCGAGAGGAAGGCCUAUUUCGACAAGUACUUCCCGGCGCCGGGGCAGGCCGCCAGAGCCUGGGCCGCCGUGCGGGCCAACGAGGUCCUCUUCACCAUGUGCUUCGUGCCCCUCGUGUGCUGGGUGCUGUGCACCGGGUUGCGGCAGCAGAUGGAGCGGGGCGAGGCCCCCGCCCAGUCCGCGCGGACCGCCACGGCCGUCUACGUGGCCUUCCUCUCCAGCCUCAUGCGUCCGGACCGGCACGGCCCGCCCAGGAUCCCGGCCGCCGGCCUCCGCGGCCUGUGCUCCUUGGCCGCCGCCGGCCAGCGGGAGCGCAGGCUUUGGUUCCGGGAGCGGGACCUGGCCCGCCACGGGCUGGACGCGGCCACGGUCUCCACCUUCCUGCAGAUGGACCAGUUUCAGCACGAGGCCGAGUGCCGGGCCACCUACAGCUUCUUCCACUCGACUUUCCAGGAGUUCUUCGCGGCCUUGUUCCUGGUGAUGGAGCGGCCGCGCUGGCCCUUCCGCCGGCCUGGCUGGGGGCCGCUGCUGAAGGGCCCCUCCGGCUUGCAGGCCGACCUCCCCCUGACCGUCCGCUUCCUUUUUGGGCUCUCCAGCCGGGAGAGGGCCGGCGCCCUGGAGACGAUGGUGGGGGAGCCCGUCCCCCGGGGGAGCCAGCGAGUCCUGCUGAGAUGGAUCCGGGAGCAGGUGGCCCAGGGCCCUGGGGCAAAGACCCUGGAGCUGUUGUACUGCUUGUUUGAGACCCAAGAACCCGAGUUCGUCCGCAGGGCCAUGGGCUGUUUCAGGGAAGUGAAGGUGAGAGUGCGCACCAGGAUGGACGGCCUGGUGGCCACCUUCUGUCUGCGAGCCUCCCGGAGCACCCUGGCGGUGGAGCUGGACGGGCUGGGCUCGGGAGCGGCCGGCCUGGGCCUCCAAGAGCCGGAUCUCGCUGACCGAGAAACUGGGACCUAUUCCCUCAAGGACAUAUGCCAAGACUUGUCCUCUGGGCUCUGGGUGCAGAGGAGUCUCUCCGAGCUGGGGCUGGGGGAGGACGCCCUGGGGGACUCCGGAAUGAGAUGGUUAUGUGAAGAUCUCCAGCAGCCCCGAUGCCCGCUGCAGUCGCUCAGGUUGCUGAACUGCUGGCUCACUUCAGAUUUUGCUGAGAGCCUCGCCUGUGCUCUCAACGUGAGCCAUACCCUGACGAGCCUGGAUCUGAGUUACAACCCCUUGGAAGACCAGGGAGCAGCAUUGCUCUUCAGGGCACUGGAACAUCCCAGCUGCAGGCUUCAGAAGCUGUGUCUGAAGAAAUGCCAUCUCACCGAGAAGUCAUGUGAGAACCUUGGCUCUGUGCUGGGUGUCAGCCGGACCCUGCAGUGGCUGGACCUGGGCUUCAACGUCCUGGGAGACCGCGGUGUGGGGCUGCUGUGUGGGGGCCUCCGCCAGGCCAACUGCCAGCUGCAGACACUCAGGUUGGGAAACUGCGGCCUCACUUGCCAAUGCUGCCUCGACCUGGCCUCGGUGCUCAGCCUGGGAGCCAGGCUGCUCUGUCUCUUCCUGAGGAAUAAUGCCCUGGGAGAUGCGGGGGUGCAGCAGCUGUGCCAGGGACUCCGGGCCCCCCGCUGCAGGCUGAGGGAACUCAGCCUGGCCAACUGCCGCCUUACCCACGCCUGCUGUGCCAGCAUCUCCUCCGUCCUAAGCGCCUCCAACGCCAUCGAGUCCCUGCUCCUCAGUGGCAAUGACCUGGAAGACGUGGGGAUUCAGGAGCUGGCUCGGGGCCUGAGGCACCCCAACUGUAAGGUGCAGGAGCUGAAGUGAGUGUCCCCUGGCCCUGGGGAGACAGCCAGUUGUACAAGACAGAAGCCCCCAAAGCAGAUCUGAGGGCCUGAGCGGACCACCACAUCAGGAGGAGGGAGCAGCAAGAACUUCCACAGGUUCCCUUAGGAAGGGCAGAGACUUAUUCUGUGUUCUCCAUCCCCCUUGUUGACCUUGAACCCUCAGAUGAGAGACCUCCUCUUCCCCCUAACCCCCAGCCUUCUCUUGUCCAGGUUGACAGGUUUCUUUGAGGUCCCUCUUGUCCCAACUUCCUUCUUCUGAACCCUGAACAACUCCUCCGUGGGGCGCAGGGAGACCUGGGGACCGGCCACUCCCCCGUGGGCUGCCCACCGCCUCAGACCUUCCUCGGGUGUUCCCAGGCGGGUCUUCCUCCUCAGCAGAGUCUGCUCCGGCUCUCUGUGGGGCCUCCACUUUGCCUUUCUUGCCUGGCAAUUGCUCCGGCCCUAUGGACGCCCAGACAUCAUCCACCUACCCCUUGGUGCACAGGGGCAAGAGAAAGGGCCCCUUUCCGGCUCUUUUUCUCCCUUGCCCUCCCCCUUUCAUCUUCUUUCUCCCCCCUCUUUCACCU